AUGGAGCUCACCGCUUUGGCUGACAUCAAACCAUUCAAGUCAGAAUGGCGUAUUCAAGUUAAGGUGCUCCAUACCUGGAAGCAUUACACAAAACUUUCAGGAGAAACAUUGGAAAUCAUUCUGUCUGAUGCACAUGGAACUAAAAUUCUUGCGUCCUGUAAGAAAACAUACUUUGAGAAGUUUGCAAAAAAAGUACCUGUUGGAAUGUGGAGAAACAUUGAAAAUUUCUCCAUCAAUGGCCCCGGUGUUUCCUACAGGCCUACCAAUCAUCAAUACAAGAUCAAUUUCAUCUAUGGAACUGAUAUCACUCCGUCAACCCUGCAAAACGACAGCAUGUUCCUCAGUUUGGUUGAUUUCCAGACUAUUCAACAGGGAGUAGAAGAUGAAAACAUCUUAAUUGAUGUUAUUGGAGAAGUGACGGAUUUGGGAUCUCUUGAUACAGUUCUGUGUUCUGGUAAAGAAAGAAAGAAAAUUGAGUUCAGUUUGACAGACCUUCAAGGUCGUAGGAUUGCUUGCUGUCUAUGGGGAAAAUUUGCUGAAAGCAUUCAUGCUAAUUGCAAAGCAGUUGGUGGAGAUACUGUUAUCUGUCUCUUACGUUUUGUGAAAGUCGGGACCUAUAGAGAUGAGGUUCAAAUUUCAAAUUCAUAUGAUGCUUCUCAAAUCUUUUUCAACCCGCCAAUAAUGGAGAGUGAGGCCUUUUUGAAAAGGGAGGUUGCAUCCAAUGCUUUGACAUUGGUUGAAUCCGAACAAGACAAACUUGAAAGGGAAAUUGGACGCGAUAAAUGGAUGCAAUAUCCAAUCAGAGACAUUGCAGAGCUACUAUCUUCAACUCAGAUUGAGCAAUGCAGAGUCAUUGCCACAAUUUGUGCAAUUGACAAGGAUUGGGGAUGGUUCAGGAUUCAUGUAUGGGUGAAAGAUGGUACUGGAGAAGCUUACCUAAUGUUACUUGACUGGAUUGCAAUCGGAGUUAUUCCUGAAACUGCUGCUGCCUUGCUCAACGGUUCAUUUGAGGAGCUACAAGAUAUUGAAUCUUUUCCUGAGGCCGUUACUGAUUUGGUUGGAAAGACUUUCAUGUUUGGUAUUUACAUUGAGAGUAACAAUGUUGCUAGCAAAGGUGGGAUGUAUAAAGUUGGUAAAGUAUGGAAAGAUCUAAGUAUGCUACUGACUGGUGGUAGCACCACUGAGUCAUGGACUCAGUCUGAUGUGGGAACUUCAAAUUUAAGUGGUUCACAGGGUUCACUUUUAGUUAUCGAAAGUCAGGCAAACGAAAACACUGUGGUAACCCCAUCAUCUAAACGCAAACAACAAUCCAAUGAAGGUGAACCUGACAUAAGUUCUACAACAAAGAAGCAGAAAUACAAGAAAAAGGCUGAUAAGGCAAAAAAAGAGAGUGUGAGGAAAAAGGUCAUUGAGAUGAUAGUUGAGAUGCUAAACAUAGUAAAUACAUAUGUGCAUCAAUUCCGAUCAGCCAGAGAUAGGUUCAAUUUGAACCCUGAGACUACUUUUCAUAUGCGGAUUGUUAGCAGUCGAGAAAAAGAAGGGAGGACAUAUGAUACUCCUACUGCAUCUGAAGUUGCUGCACUGGUUCCUGGAGAUUUCAAUUUGGAAAUGGAUAAAAGAGAUAUUGUUCUUGAAGAGAAGCAAACAGGGUGGCUUAAACGGAUAAGUGAAAUACAUCCUUCCUAUCUUGCACUACAAUAUCCUCUUAUCUUUACAUAUGGCGAAGAUGGGUUCAGACUUGGGAUUGAAAAAAGAGCUACAGAGGCUACAUCUAAACUGAAGAGGAAAAAUAUCAGUAUGAGACAGUGGUAUGCAUAUCGGAUCCAGGAAAGAGACGGGGAAUGUCAUACACUUCUGCACUCUAAGAGGCUAUUCCAACAGUUUUUGGUUGAUGCUUUUACAACCAUAGAAUCUAACCGGCUGUGCUUUUUGAGGAUGAACCAGAAAAGCCUUAGAUCAGAUAGCUUUGAUUCUAUUCAGCAGUCUGAAAACGAUGGGAAGACAGAUAUGAGUGAGCAAGGAAGCCGCUAUGUGUUACCAGGCACUUUUGUUGGAGGACCAAGAUACAUGAAAAAUAUGUAUUUGGAUGCAAUGUCGAUAUGCAAAUAUUUUGGGUUUCCCGAUCUGUUUAUAACUUUCACAUGCAAUCCUAAAUGGCCCGAAAUCACCAGAUAUGUUCAACCACGCAAACUCAGUCCUGACGACAGACCAGAUAUUCUAUGCAGAAUUUUUAAGUGUAAACUUGAUUCUCUUAUGAGGGAUUUAACAGAAAAAAAUCUACUUGGAAAAACAGUCGCAUCCAUGUACACAAUUGAGUUUCAGAAACGUGGUCUGCCACAUGCUCAUAUUCUGCUCUUCAUGCAUCCUAACUAUAAAUUUCCUAAACCAGAAGACAUUGACAAGAUUAUCUCAGCAGAAAUACCAGACAAGGAAAAGGAACCAGAGUUAUUUGAUGUGGUCAAAGAUAUGAUGAUUCAUGGUCCUUGUGGGUCAGUUAACUGGAAUUCGCCAUGCAUGGAAAAUGGUAAAUGUUCAAAGCUUUAUCCAAAAGAUUUUGUGGAAACAACUUCAGUGAACCGAGAAGGCGCGGAUCGUUGUACUGUUACUGUUGAGCCACCAGAAAAAGGAGGAGCAAAGCGAAAGAAGUCAAACGAUGAAACUACUGGAGUUGAUAAAAAAAUGAGAUCAAAAACUUCUUCAACUGCCGCCUGUGAAGGGGCGUGGAGGACUUUCAGUUUCCCUAUUCACUAUCGAUCAGUACCUGUUGAGCGAAUGCAGUGGCACCUACCAGGGAAGCAGAUCAUAAUUUUCAAAGAUGAUGACACUUAUGAGAAAGUGACCAGUCGAGAGCUUAUAGAAGAUACUAUGUUCACUGGAUGGUUUGAACUGAACAAGGUUAGUGCUGUUGCCAGAAGACUAACUCUAGCAGAAAUCCCAACAAUGUUCACUUGGAAUAAGAAGGAGAAGAAGUUCCACGACAGACAGAGAGGAUUCAGUAUUGGUAGGAUCAAUUAUGCCCCAAGGAAGAUUGAAGAAGCUUUCUAUUUGCGUGUUCUGCUAAACAUAGUUAGAGGUCCAAGAAAUGAUGAGGAGAUUCGGACAUUUAACAAUGUUGUUUAUCCUACGUAUAAGGCAGUGUGUUUUGCAAGAGGCUUACUAGACGAUGAUCAAGAGUAUAUUGAUGAUAUUUUUAGGACAAGUUUCACAGAAUCAGCUUCAGCUUUGCGUCAUACUUUUGUUAUGAUGCUGAUGUCUGGUAGUUUGUCAGAGCCAGAGGUUGUUUGGGACAAUACAUGGGAGGUUCUAUGUGAUGAUAUCGAGUAUAAACGGAGAAAGUUACUAAAAAGGCCAGAUCUCUGUUUAAGUGCCCAUGAAAAAAAACAAUAUGCUCUUCUAGAGAUUGAGAAUAUCUUAAAGAGCAAUGGUUUUUCUUUAGAUCAAUGGGAAAAUAUGCCAAAGCCAGAUCCAGAUAUUGGUGGGAAUGACAAUGUUCUUAUUUCAGAUGAGCUGAGUUACGAUAGGGAGAAGCUGAAAGCUGAGCAUGACAGAGACAUUGUUAAACUAACGGAGGAACAAAAGAUAAUAUAUGAUGAGAUUGUUGAUGCAGUCAUAAAUCAAAAAGGAGGUGUGUUCUUUGUGUAUGGAUUUGGUGGAACUGGUAAAACCUUCCUGUGGAGAUUGUUGUCUGCAGCUAUUAGAUUCAAGGGGGAAAUAUGUUUGAACACUGCAUCAAGUGGAAUAGCUUCUCUAUUGCUACAAGGAGGAAGGACAGCACAUUCUAGGUUUGGAAUACCAAUAAACCCAGAUGAGUAUUCUACUUGCACCCUUAUUCCAGGUAGUGAUCAAGCUAACUUGGUGAAAGCAGCAUCUCUAAUCAUUUGGGAUGAAGCACCAAUGAUGAGUAGACAUUGUUUUGAGUCUUUGGAUAGGAGUAUGAAAGACAUUAUGAGGAACAAAGACAACAGGCCUUUUGCUGGGAAAGUUGUUGUAUUUGGAGGUGAUUUUAGACAAGUUUUGCCUGUUAUACAUGGUGCUGGACGACCAGAAAUUGUAAUGGAGUCUCUUAAUUCAUCAUAUUUAUGGAGGCAUGUCAAAGUGUUGAAGCUAACCAAGAAUAUGAGGCUACUUUCUGAAAACCUGUCUGCUGAAGAUGCUAAGGAAUUAAAAGAAUUCUCAAAGUGGAUUUUAGAUGUUGGAGAUGGAAAGCUUGGAGGAGAAAAUGAUGGAGAAGUUGAUAAAGAGCCAAAGUUUUUCCAAGAAAGGGCAAUUCUCUGUCCCACCAAUGAAGAUGUCAACAGGAUUAACCAGCACAUGUUGGAUAAACUACCAGAACAUGCAGGAGAAGAAAGGAUUUACUUAAGCUCUGACUCGAUUGAUGCUUCUGAUAGAUUUUCGAGAAAUGACCAGGCUCUAACUCCCGAUUUCUUAAACACCAUCAAGGUUUCUGGUCUGCCAAAUCACAGUCUUCGCUUGAAAGUCGGCUGUCCAGUGAUGUUGCUUAGAAAUAUCGAUCAUACAAACGGUUUGAUGAAUGGCACAAGACUCCAGAUUACAGAGAUGGAUGAUUUAUUGGUAAAGGCUAAAGUUAUCACAGGAGAAAAGGUGGGGAAAACUGUGGUCAUUCCUAGACUUUCUAUUACACCUUCUGAUAAGAAAUUGCCUUUCAAGAUGAGGAGAAGGCAGCUGCCUAUCGCAGUUGCAUUUGCUAUUACAAUUAAUAAGAGUCAAGGUCAAUCACUAUCCCAUGUUGGUUUGUAUCUACCAAGAGAUGUCUUCUCUCAUGGACAACUAUUUGUGGCUGUUUCCAGAGUUACAUCAAAAAAGGGAUUGAAAAUUUUGGUUGUUGAUGAUCAAGGAAAGCCUAAGCGUGAGACAAAGAAUGUUGUUUUCAAAGAGAUCUUUCAGAAUCUCUAAUUUUAAUGUUUAGUUUGCUGUGUGUUUUAGCGUAUUUAAACUUAUUUCUAUUUUAUUCAAACAAUGUAGUUAACUUGCAAGUUGGAAGUUUUUCAUUUCUCUCUCUAAUUUAUUCAUGCAAACAGAAGCACACAACAGACAUUACAAGCAAACGACAUUGUAUUUGUUAAUCUACAUACAAGCACACAA